AGUUUGUGUGUGUUUUAAAUGUGCACAUCGUGCUAAAAAGAAGAACAAAUAUAAUUAUCGCUAUUCGGUACUUUCCUGCGAUCUUCGGAAUUGGAAUUGCGUAUUCGAAAUGGCGAACUAUUUAGUUCUUCUAUUGACUGCAGUAGUAUGUACUUGCCUAGCCCAGGACUCAUCAUUGGACAAUCUCAUUGCCGAUAUUUUCAAAACUGAUCCAAAUUCGUUCAGCUCAACAACUGAAGCGAAUGGAAACAAUGUACCUUUUCAACCAACACCUACAAAGACCACCGUUUUGACGCCGGAUACAAAAGAAAACCUUAAUCAGUAUGAAUCAUGUGGGUACCAGAAGGAGUGUGUUCCAAGAUGGCUAUGUGCAAAUGAUACCAUUAACACAAGUGGCGAAAAUAUAAUAGAUAUUCGAAUUGACACUGAUGCACCGUGUAAAAACUAUUUAGAUCUUUGCUGCGACCUUCCAAAUAAAAGAGACACACCUGUAACACCAAUAGUACAUCCCGUGGAGAAUCAGGGCUGUGGAUAUCGAAACCCAAAUGGAGUUGGCUUCAAAAUAACCGGCCAAAUUGACCAGGAAGCAGAAUUUGGUGAAUUCCCUUGGAUGGUGGCAAUUUUACGCGAAGAAUCUUCUACCGGAAGCAUCCUUAACUUGUAUGAAUGUGGCGGAGCCUUAAUAUCCCCGGAUGUAAUACUUACCGCAGCCCACUGCGUCCAUAAUAAAGACGCUAAAUCUCUAAUAGUAAGAGCAGGCGAAUGGGAUACACAGACGAAAAGUGAGAUUAUCCCUCAUGAAGAUCGCUAUGUAAAGGAAAUAGUAUAUCACGAGCAGUUUAACAAGGGAGCCCUCUACAAUGAUGUCGCACUACUAUUUUUAGAGAGUCCUUUCACCGCGCAGGAGAACAUACAACCCAUAUGUCUACCCCCUGCUGGAGAGCAAUUUGACUCGGCCCGCUGCUAUGCAACUGGCUGGGGAAAGAAUACAUUUGGAAAAGAUGGAGUGUACCAAGUUAUUCUUAAGAAAAUUGACUUACCAGUUGUGGAGAGGAACCAGUGCCAGGCGAAUUUGCGUGAGACGCGUCUCGGCAAGCACUUUAUUUUGGACAAGAGCUUUAUCUGCGCCGGCGGAGAGAAAGAUAAAGACACAUGUAAAGGGGAUGGCGGAUCGCCAUUAGUGUGUCCCGUUAAGGGCCAAAGGGAUCGCUAUUACCAAGCCGGUAUUGUAGCUUGGGGAAUUGGUUGCGGUGAAGAAAAUGUGCCAGGUGUAUAUGCAAGUGUGUCUCAGUUAAGGCCAUGGAUUGACCAAAAACUUAAUGAACGUCAUAUUGAUUUCAAAUAUUUUACUCCUUAAUCAAAAAGUCUUGUUCGACCAACACUUACUAUAUUGUGUAUGUAUAUAAAUCUAUAACUGAUUUUUAAUCCAAUUGUUAUUAGUACACAAGUUAAUAAAAAUGGCAUCAAACAGCCAAACAUAAUCGAAA